UCUCUCUCUCUCUCUCUCUCUCUCUCUCUCUCUCUCCCGGUUUUCCUUCCACGCCUUCGUUAGAAUUUAGCAUUCCACACCGAAUCCUAGGGAAUCCUUUGAUUAUAAUUCGUCUCCAUUCUGCUCUUCUUCCACUCUUUAUUAGGGCUACCAACCCCCCACCCCUUCCCCGAUGGGCCCCCUAAAGUCGCCUCCUUUGGGGCUCCCCUCUCCCCAUUUGGCCCUCCCUUGAUCCAUCUGCCAUCAAAGGUGCCUCCUUUGGCCUUCCGUAGCUCGAAAUUUGGGAUUUUGAUCUCGGUUCUGGACCUAAUUGGAGCGAGUUAGGGCUCCGGAUCGAUGUCGGUGCCGGCGAUCGUGUUCUGCGCCAGCGCGCCGAGCGGCGUCUGCUCGAGCCCCCACUACUCUUGUCAAAUUGGCUCAUCUCAUGGGUUGCCGGACUACGAGCUGAAUUCUAGGCUGCCGGCCUCUUCGACGGUGGCCGCCGCCUCCUCGGUCUCCGGUCAGAAGCCGAUGCUCGGCGGGCUUUCCUGCCUCUUCUCCUUGCCUUCCAUUCGGUAUGCACCCUCGGCCGCCACCUCGAGCUUUACCGGAGGGGAUGAUCUUGGCUCACUGUGGCAUGAUCGAUCGGAUGAGCUCGGGAGCUCAUUGUCUUACUCCCCAUACUCGUCUUCGAUCAAGGGUCGAGACCUCAGCCCGGUGUCUGUGUUCCAGGGCCCGGGUUCCUGCAGUGGAAGCAUCGGAAUGGCGGUCAGUUGCUCUUCGAGGAGUCCGCCAUGUUUGCGAUCAUCCAGGGAGUGGAACGGGGGUGAUCUGAGGGUGGGAAGAGAGAGGCUUUUUAAUGGAUUUGUUAGGAAUGCAAGCUCUUGCUUGGAUUAUGAUUCCACAAGCUUUCCAAUGGCGGGUGGCGGUGGUGGAAUCGAUGUGGAAGAAUUUGCAUUCAGUGUGGAGGAAGGAUUGGGUGAGCUUGGCUAUGAGCCUUAUGCCAGGGAGUUUCUCUCUGGAGCUCAGUCGAGACAUAAGAUUUUUAAUGAGGAGUUUGUUAAAAAGGCAUUCUAUGAAGCUGGGAAAGCUCAUCGAGGACAGAUGAGGUUGAGUGGCGAUCCAUACUUGCAGCAUUGCGUGGAGACGGCGGUGUUGCUUGCAAAUAUUGGUGCUAAUGCUACGGUUGUUGCUGCAGGGCUUUUGCAUGAUACGUUUGAUGAUUCUUUUGUUACUUAUGAUUAUAUUUCUCGGGGGUUUGGAGCUGAUGUAGCUGAUUUGGUUGAAGGG